AUGGCAUGCGUCCGAAACUAUCUGCCGCCCUAUUUCCGCGUGGGCAUCUUCUUCUUCUGCGGCCUCGAACUGGCCUGGAACGCGUUUGUUAUGGCGAUUAGUAAGUCAAUCUUAUAUAAUAUGAAAUUAUUUUUGAAAAAAUGACUUAAUUUAAGUUUUUUUUGUUUUAGAUCAAAAGUUUUGGGAUUUGUCGACAAAGAUCUUUCCUGUCGCGUUCAAAAUGUUCAAUGACACAUUACUAAAAGGGGAUCCAAAGGACUUCGUCUGGACGAUACAUGAACGGAAUCAGUUGGAUAUGGUGAGAAUUCUAAUAACUUUUUAUAUCAAUUUUUAUCAAUUUUAUACAGUGACAUCUCUUUAGUAUGCCCUUUGAAAUUGUGACAUCUUGGUCAUGAGGACAAGUUCGAACCAGUCUUUUGAGUGUUAUACUAAAGGGGUUUGACUGUAAAUAAAAUUUUUUUUAUAAAUUUCGGAAAACUGAUCUAAAUCAAGUAAAAAAAUGUAAAAUACGUCAAGUUUUAUAAAGGAUUUGUGCGUUUUUCUAAGUUCUAUAAUAUUUUAUCUACUUCAGUAUCAAUACAAACUGACAAUAAUGUGGUUAUGCUCAACUGUAACGAUAUUAUACUCAAUGUUGUGCAUAGUGCCACAGUUUUGUACGAUGCAGCAGACCGAUGAUACGGAAAUCACAAUAGUAAGUUGUAGUAAACAUUAUAUUUUUUAUAGAGUAACUUUACAGACAAAUUGCGAAAGUUACUGUAACAGUAAAAGUUUACUAUAGUAACUUAAAAUAAUUUUUUGUAAAAUUUUUUUUAUUUUGACUAGGCUGUUCAAAUAAGUUUGAGCUACUUUUUAUAACAAAUUUGAGGUUUAGGGGGCUCAUAAUUAUUUGAACAACUUUGCAAUUUUUUCAAAAUUACAAAUUUUUUAGAACUUACAGUAUGUGUUUCAUAGUUUAAAAUUACAGUAAUUUAUUUUUAAAACUACAGUAAUUUAUGUUAAUUCCAGUGUGUGAAAAAGCCGUUUAUUGGUUACAUAAUGGCACCAUUUCUAUUAAUCCUAGCGUUCUUGUGUGGAUGUGCCUUAUCUUGGCAAUGGUUCACUUGUGAGACCGACCACUCACUGUUCCAGGAUCUGUUCACUAGAGCUCAGAAGGAGGAGUCGUUCCUGUCUGAGCUGGAGACUCAACUCAAUUGUAAUACCGACGACGACAAAGAGGUGCUCGGUGUUUGGGUGUGUUGUUGUUUCGUGGUUGGUGGGGGUGGUUUCUUUAAGUUAAUGUAAAUAGGUUAUUUGUUGCCGUUUUUUAAUGAUCAUACCAAAAAUUUUAAAAUUUUUGAUUUAUAUAUGUUGAUCAAAUAAUUAUGAGCUCUUUUUUAAAAAAAAAUUGAAGGCUAGGGGCGCAGCAUUAUUUGAACAACCUAAUAUUGAUGAUAUGAUGUUGUACUAGUCGUUGUAGUGUACUUAACUGUUCUACUACUAUCUUUUUAUAUCAAUAUGUUAUCUUUUAGAGAUGUGAAGACAUGGUGAAUCGAGCCAUGUUGGAUUCGAGGUGGCUGGAUCCAUUAGUGUACAGUUUUAUCAUUUGUCAUAUUAUCAUGCUCAUCGGGUUUUGCGUUGCGAAUCGAGGUAAAUUGUCUUACCCUACCUACCCUAUCCUACCCUGUCAAAAUUUAUGCAAAUUUCGUUUCAGAAUGGGAAUGGUCGGACUUUUUAUUUUGGCGACGCGCCAAGAAGGAGUUUGUUACAGUAACCGAGAACAAUCAUCACGAAAACGGUCAAAUCGAAGAGGACAAACCCAUGACAUCAGCCAGUAUUCGUACGAAUGGUGUCGACAUGGAAAAGUUACUGUAG